AAUCUAGCAAAUCCGUAGUUGUAACCCUGGUCCAACCUAUCGUCCCAUUACACCCAUUUGUCAGUGUCUCUUUCCUCUAUUCCCUGAACUUGUUCUGAGAAAAUCCUUUUUUGUGUGAUAACGCCACCCUGGCUAUGUCAGAGACUUACGAUUUCCUGUUUAAGUUCUUGGUAAUUGGGAAUGCUGGAACAGGCAAAUCCUGCCUGCUGCACCAGUUCAUAGAGAAGAGAUUUAAAGAUGAGUCGAAUCAUACCAUCGGAGUGGAGUUUGGCUCCAAGAUAAUCAGUGUAGUCAACAAAAUGGUCAAACUACAAAUCUGGGACACGGCUGGCCAGGAGAGGUUCAGGUCUGUCACGAGAAGCUACUACAGAGGAGCAGCCGGAGCCCUACUGGUGUACGAUAUUACCAGUCGUGAGACAUACAACGCUCUAACCACAUGGUUAAGCGAUGCCCGGAUGUUGGCCAGUCAAAACAUCGUCAUUAUCCUCUGUGGCAACAAGAAAGACCUGGAGGCUGACAGAGAGGUCACGUUCCUGGAGGCGUCGCGCUUCGCACAGGAAAACGAAUUGAUGUUCCUUGAGACAAGCGCUCUGACGGGGGAGAACGUUGAGGAGGCUUUUAUACAGUGUGCAAGGAAAAUCCUCAACAAGAUUGAGUCAGGGGAGCUGGAUCCCGAGCGAAUGGGAUCCGGGAUCCAGUACGGCGACGCGGCACUGCGACAGCUGCGCUCCCCCCGCCGCGGGCAGCCCCAGGGGGGCCAGGACUGCAGCUGUUAGUGGGCCCCGCCGCUGCAUCCACCAGGUUGGAAAAAGACCAGUGGAAGAAGAAAAAGAAGAACGGCCUGAGAAAAAAAUGUUGAUUUUAGGUUACUAUUCUUGUGACUUUUUUCUUUUACCUUUUUAACCAUUCGCCAUCUCCUGAGCAUUGAAAAUACUUAAUUAUACCAUGCCCUUGUCUGGAACCCUAACCCCUGGCCUCAGAAAGUCCUAAUUGUCGUUUUAGAGUGGGCGUGAGUGAAAUGGAGGUACAACGAAAGGCAAGCGUUUGGAUGUUGCUUCUUGCUGUACCGUUUAUACACAUUGCUUCAUUACCAUGGGCCUGCAUUGCUCUCAUUAUAGCCAUAGUUACAUGAGCAUGUUCAUUAUAAAAAAUGGUCGAAUUAGCUAUGUAGAUUUUCUCAAAGUGAUGUAAUAUUAUAUGCAUGGAAACACAACACAUGGACAUUAUGAGGAGUGCAUUUGUUACGUUAUGUUAUUGAUUUUUUUAAACCGCACUUCAUUAUGUAGUCAUCCCGGGUUAGGCACUGGUCGGCAUAGAAGGAGCCGAAGGGGACGAGGAAUCCUCUUUGGUCGUUUUGUACUAGGUAAGUCCUUGUAGUGGUGGAUUUUAAUUCAAAAUCAAAAUCAAAAUCAAGAAUCAGUACUUGUCAGUGGUUUCUAUCAACCUUGCCUCAGCCCAUCCACCAAGCUAUUUAAUAAAGCCCAACCCAUUAAUUAGGAAGUGUAUCAAUGAAAAACUGUGGGUUUGUCCCUUCCUCACCUGCUGUUAUCAACCAAGGGCUAACCUUCCUCUUCUUGCAAAUGGAUUCUAUCUACCUUAUUUCUCUUACUGUCACUCUAAUCUUACUGGUAUGUUCUCUGAGUCCUCUACCAAUAUGCAUAUGCCAAUCUUUGCCAACUGCCUCUUCUGCAAACAAACACCAGUCUUCUUCGAGGUUGUUAGUAUCCAUAUCUAUCUCCAUUCCUAAACUCUCCUUCCUGUUUAGCCAUUCGCCUACCCACGUACCAAACAAAAUCGUUAUUUAAGCUAUAUCGCUAUGAAUCUUAAUCUACUAACUUUCCAAUCUAUCUUUUCGUAUCUUUUUUCAUCCUACUGAUGUAUGCUAAAGUAUGUGCCGAAGCUUCUUCAGGAAAACUCCUCUUGUUGAAAUUCUAUCCUGUUCACGCAAGGAUUCCUACCGUCUUGUCUACUUGCAAUCUGUCCAACGGUCUACUCUCAAACCAUUGGUCACCAUCCCUUUUCCCUUUUUAUUGUCUUUCUGUUAUGCUUUUCCCAUCAAUUCCGCUUCCCCUACAUGUUAAUGAGCGUCCCUGCUUCCUUCCUCUUAGUUAAUUGGCUACCAUGAUUUGUUCUGCUCUUAAUAUCAUCAUCACUCCUACCUUUCUUGUUCAUUCUCCACCCACCUCAAUGCGUCUUGCAAAAUGUACAUCGAGUCUGUAAAAAGAGGUUGACGCAUGUUUUAUCAAACAGAAUAUAUUAAAGUAUUCCAUUACGACUUAUGUAUAGAAAAAAAAACGUGUAUAUUAACUUCAUGUUUAUAUUAUCAUCGUUUAAGGCCUCAUCAUUCAGUUAUUUAAAACGUCCUCUCUGGGGAAAAAAAUAUAAUUUUGGCAGCCUCGACAAGGAAAGAAAAGACGGUCAAUGUGGAUGUAAAUAAAGUUUCAUAAAUAAUAACAGUCUGCCAUGAAAGUCAGUUAACCUGUCGGUUGUAAAAAAAAAAAAUAGUAUAUUCGUGGUGCCAGUGGGAGCAGAGUUGUAUCGUUUCCCUUGAUCACUCCGAGCUGUCAACAUUCCAUAUCAUUUAAAUAACGAUCACAUUGUCUUAGUGUCCGUUCAUGGUGACCUAAAAAAUACCGAGAGCAUAUUGUGUGAAGCCUAGAUUUCCGAACUUGCUGCCAUAUUAUCGUCCAUCUACUCCAGCAUGCGCCUGGGUUCACCUUGCUGCAUUUUAAAUAUUUGAAGAUUUAAAGUGCAUUAAAUGUGAGAGUAUUUCUUUAUUUCCAAAAUUACUUUUGAGUCACAAACUCCUUUUAUAUACCCAUUUAAACUGGUGUAAAGUCCUUUUAUUUUUGUUUAUCUAAGUGUGUUGUCGCUAUUUCCUAAUGCUAACGGGUCACUCCCAUCGGGUAUAUUUUAGCGAUGUAGCCAAUUAUUUUGGUAGUAUUGAUUAUCUUAAAUCACACGGACAAAGCAAAAAUGUAUUUGAGAAAUAGUGCUUGUCUGAAAUUGGACCACUUUUACUGAUAUGGUUUGAUUUCCAGCUGGGAUUCUCAGACCCUUUUACUUGAUGUGUAUGUAUGUUUUAUCUGCCGUCAUCAAUCACAUGGAUUUUAUUUAUUGUGUAUAAUAAAAUAUCUUUUUGAAAUAAGUGACUGCAAAUCAUAAAUGUCAACUACAUGAAGAGCCCAAAUCCAACGUUUGAUAGAUGCAUCAUUGACCCUCCAUUGGUAAAGUGUCAAUCUAGGUGGUGUUUAUUAUAAAGCUCACUCAGUUGGCAAUAUUUUAUUAAGGCUGACCAUUUGCAAAUGUAGAUUACAGCCAUAGUAUUUUAGGAUAAAAAGGUUAUGAACAGAAGUGAUUUGUUUGGAUUGUUGCCUAAUAGUUGUGUUCCAUGCUUGUCUUGGUAAUGCUGUGAAGUAGAGCCUAUAAUAGACCAGUUUAAAGACAAGUCAGGCUUCUUGGUUCAACCAUGUGAAUAUCCCAGAAACAAGCCUACACCCACACAUAAUAUGUACAGUACACACCAUUCACAAUUCUGUGUCCAUAACACAAAAGUCAUUUAAGCCAUAACAAAUGAGACGGAGGUCUGUUGGCAGUCAGAGGCCUGCACGCCAAGUGACGAGGAUAAUCACUCUGGACGUGUAUUUGUGAUAACAGUUAUAAGCGACACAGAAUAGGAUUUGUUUGUUUAAUCAUUUGUUCGGCUCCGCCAGCACAAAACGUUCUGCAACUCGACUGGGACUGGACUGUUGCCAAGCAACAAAAAAACAUUUUCCUGCACACUAGCUUGCUACUUUGUGUAGGUCUACAGUUAUUGUAGGCCAGCUACUAUGUAUCUAGAAUGUAUCAUGUACAUUUAUCUGCAGGUUUCCAUUUAUUGUGAAACCAGUGAAAUUAGAGAAUGUUGACAGUCUCUUGGUAGCAUGUGUGAUGCCAAUGAGUUUACAGUUCACGAUUGUUGGAUUAAUUAACGAUAAUUAUAAACAUCUGUAAAGCGGAGUGAUGCAUGUAUAGUUAAAAGUCCCAAAGCUGUUGAAACCCUAUAUCAGCGCUCAUGGAAUGCCUCUUUUCACAUCAAAUUACUUGGUUGAAAAGAAUUGUGUAACACAUUAUAUUAACUAUACAAACACUAUUAUUCAGGUCACAAAAAAAGAAAUCUCAAACCAAAUACAUUUCAUUCUGUACAAUAACAGGAGGAAAACCAUUUUUGUUCUUAACCAUUGAUUAAAAUACAUUAUGUGUGUUGUAAUAUACAGAAAUAGAAAACCAUCAUCCACAACCACGAUAUCCCGAAUGAAAAGCUUUUGAUCUUAUCUAAACUACUCUACUAACGAAACAAAGACUAAAAAUACCUACAUGAUGUGCAGUCUGACAGACACACUGUGCAAACGCUAAGAACAUUAAAACCGCAAUUCAAUAACAAUUUAUAUUUUUCUAAUGUAACCACAACCUGUAAAUCUACAAAGGAUGCUGGUGUGUGUGUGUGUGUGUG